CUGAACAUUAUUAUACCAUAAUUCUGCGUCAAAGACGCGGUCAAGGUUUUGGCUUGAGGAGAUUACUAAUAAUAUUCCACGUAAAUGUAUGAAAUACGGAAACUUGAAAUCAUCACGUCAUAUCACAAACGUAACACAGAUUUUUGGAAGCUAAACAUUGCGUCCAUUAUUUAUUUAAACUACUUUGACAAAGACCUCGUAUUCAUAACCAUCAGUUCUGUCCAGUGAAGGUGAUCUCAAGAAUAGCACAAAACCAGUUUAUCUUAAUGAGUGAAAAUAUUAACGACAAAGUAAAAAUGUUCAGUGUAUUUGUAGUGUCCCUAGUGUUGUUUAGUCGCCAAACCGGUGCUCUAUUUGAAGGAGAUCCAUGUACAGUUCCAGCAACCGCUGAAACUGGUCAAUGUACUCAACUAGACAAAUGUGAAUAUGCUAAACAGCUACUUCGCAGCAACAAAAAUCCGCAGAGUUGUGGAUUUCAAGGAAAGGCACCGUUGGUGUGUUGUCCUGUUGGACCAAAACCUGGAGACACAAGCCUUAGACAAUGUGAUCGCUACUUCAACAGAAAAUAUCAGUACUACGCCAUUGAUUUGGGCGAGAAAGCCCGCUCUAAAGAGUUUCCUCACAUGGCAGCUGUGGGCUAUGGCGACGACAAAACCAACAUCUUUUGGUUAUGUGGCGGAACCCUCAUCAGUCAGAAAUUCGUUCUUAGUGCCGCUCACUGUGCUGAGUCUCAAGAUUUUGGAGCAGCCAAAUGGAUCCGUCUCGGCGACUUAGACCUACAAAAUGCCACCGAAGACGCAAACCCUCAAGAUGUGAGAAUCGUCCAAACCUAUGUCCACCCGGGCUACAGAUCUUCGUCACAUUACCACGACAUUGCUCUAUUCAAAAUGGCAGAGAAAGUUAUCUUUACCAUUUAUUUCAAAGCUGCUUGUUUACAUGUGGGGAAAAGUUUACCGGUGAACACGUUGCAGGCAACUGGUUGGGGCAAAAUGGGAUUCUUUGGGGACCCAAGCAGUCACUUGAUGAAGGUUAACUUAAGUCUUGUCAAUCAUGAUACUUGUUCCAAGAGAUAUGCCAAUGUUGCUAAUAGCAGAAAAUUAAAAAACGGUAUUUUUGAUGACUACCAGAUGUGUGCUGGUAACGUUGAAGGGGGAGAUACGUGUCCGGGAGACUCAGGAGGACCCCUACAUUAUACAGUACAACCAACCAAUGACCAUGUUUUUCAUUUUACUGUUGCUGGAGUUACGUCUUUUGGUAAAGGAUGCGGAGGAGAUAACACCGUUGGGGUUUACACGAGAGUGUCUGGUUAUGUUGGAUGGAUUGAAGACAUCGUUUGGAAAGAAGACAACUAACGUAAAAAUUCAUGUCAAAAAUUGUUACUGCCAUUGAAAAUAAAACUAUAGAAGGGA